CAUAAAUCAUUAGCUAGCUAGCUAGGAGGAGGAGAAGGGCGAUCGAUCGAUCGAUCGCCAAGGAAACAAUCAGUAACAACAAAACUAGCUAGCUUAAGCCGUGCUUUGAUAUCAAUUAUAUGGCGCCAGUGGGAUUACCUCCCGGUUUUAGGUUCCAUCCAACGGACGAGGAGCUGGUGAAUUAUUAUCUCAAGAGGAAAAUCAACGGCCAAGAGAUUGAGCUCGACAUCAUUCCUGAAGUUGAUCUCUACAAAUGCGAGCCUUGGGAAUUAGCAGAAAAAUCGUUUUUACCAAGUAGAGACCCCGAGUGGUACUUCUUUGGACCGCGGGAUCGAAAAUACCCUAAUGGAUUCAGAACGAACAGAGCAACGAGAGCAGGAUAUUGGAAGUCGACUGGGAAAGACAGGAGAGUGACGUGCCAGAAUCGAGCAAUCGGAAUGAAGAAGACGCUGGUUUACUACAGAGGCCGAGCUCCUCAGGGCAUUCGGACUGACUGGGUCAUGCACGAGUAUCGCCUCGACGACAAGGACUACUACUGCUCCUCCGACCUCGACACCUCCUCCUCAUCAUCUGCCGCAAUUCAGCAGGAUUCUUUUGCAUUGUGUCGCGUGUUUAAGAAAAAUGGCAUUUGCGCGGAGAUUGAAGAGCAGCAAGGCCAAUCAAGUAAUUUAACACUAAAUAAUAUUCAUGAACGAUCACAAGGUGUAAGCAACGAUUAUUGUGAUCAAACCAUGUCACCGGAGAUUCCGAUGGCAUCGUCAUCGUCAAUCUCAUGCCUGCAGGAGGAAGAUGAGAAAGACGAUUCCUGGAUGCAGUUCAUCACAGAUGAUACGUGGAUGCAGUGUUCUUCUAACACCGGUGUCAGUGGUGAAGAUCAGCUCUCUCAUGUGGCCUUCACAAACUAA